GGGUGCCAAUACCAUAGAUACAUUCAAGAAGAGGUUAGAUAAAGCCAUGGAUGGUGAGGUAAGGUGGGGUUGAGUGUACAGGAGCUGCCUUGUAUAGGCCAACCGGCCUCUUGCAGACUCCUUACGUUCUUAUGUUCUUAUGUUCUUUUUUUUUUUUUUUUUCAGCACAUGACUUUGUGUCCCAAUGUCCACCACUGGUGUUAGUGUUGAAGUGAGGCAUCGAGACAGUUGCUGUGGUCAGUACUUGUUCCGUCCCUGCUGCCGCUGACUUCAGGACUCCUUGGUGCAUCCCUCGCCUUGCCUGCUCAAUUGGUCACUGAGUGUGGCUUUGAAGCAACCUCGCCGCCUUCUCCAGCAUCUCUGAGGUUCCUCAAGGCCAGCCAACUCCUCACAUCCAGAGUAGUGUUGCAGUGGAGGCUGCAAGGCGGGACAGCAGCUGGAGUGGCUGGGAUCAGCAGGAGCAGACUGCUACUGGUGUGAGGUUCAGGAGUGAUAAAAAACACCACCAACACAACCACCAACAACAACAACAACUGCUGGCCUCUUCAUCCACAAAGGGGGAAGUUUGAAUUUCAGAAGUGUGAGAAGAUCUGAGAAUGAGAGCAAGUUUACUGACCAAAGCCAAGAGUGUGAGAAAAGACAUGCAGGGAAGGAUGACCUCAACAAAUACACCCACACACUCUGGUGUAAGACCUCAUGAAAGUCGGGAGUGUGGCAAAAGGUUUAGUAAUAGGAGUAACCCCAAACAUCACACCCUUACACACACUGGUGCAAGAAACCAUGAGUGUGAAGUUUGUGGGAAAUGUUUCAAUCAGAAGGGUACCCUCAACACACACACCCUUACACACACCAGUGCAAGAAAUUAUGAGUGUGAAGUUUGUGGGAAAUGUUUCAGUCAGAAGGGUCACCUCAACACACACACCCUUACACACACUGGUGCAAGAAAUCAUGAGUGUGAAGUUUGUGGGAAAUGUUUCAGCCUGAAGGGUACCCUCAAAUUACACACUCUUACACACACUGGUGAAAGAAAUCAUGAGUGUGAAGUAUGUGGGAAAUGUUUCAGUCAGAAGGGUAACCUCAAAUUACACACUCUUACACACACUGGUGAAAGAAAUCAUGAGUGUGAAAUCUGUGGAAAAUGUUUCACUGAGAAGGGUACCCUCAAGAAACACACUCUUACACACACUGGUGAAAAAAAUCAUGAGUGUGAAGUUUGUGGGAAAUGUUUCAGUCAGAAGGGUACCCUCAAAUUACACACUCUUACACACACUGGUGAAAGAAAUCAUGAGUGUGAAGUUUGUGGGAAAUGUUUCAGUCACAAGAGUAACCUCAAAGUACACACUCUUACACACACUGGUGAAAGAAAUCAUGAGUGUGAAGUUUGUGGGAAAUGUUUCAGUCAGAAGGGUACCCUCAAAUUACACCUUGUUACACACACUGAUGCAAGAAGUCAUGAGUGUGAAGUUUGUGGGAAAAGGUUCAAACUGAAGAGUAUAUUGAACAGGCACGUCUUCAGACACUCUGGUCAUAAAGGGUUCAAGUGCGAUGUUUGUGGGAAACGUUUCAUGACUAAGGGUGAGAUUGUCAGGCACAUGAAGGUCCACUUCUCCUGA